UUGAUUUCUUUAAGGCUUUCUUUUAAUUGUGAUUGGUUUUAACUAAAGUUUAAAAUUUAACUAAGAUCAUAGAGGAGAUAAAUCAAUAGACCAGCACUUCUGCUUGAUAAUUAUUUAUUGAUUGAUCUAGAGCUGGAAAAACCUAUCACAAUCUGGCUUUAAUCCAUCUGGGUGGCCUUAUUUCACAUUACUACAUACAAGUUUUUUUCAUGUAGUCUACUUGAAUACUGGAUUGCUCUUCAUUCUUUACUGUCAUUCUGUCCUUUCUAGCUCCAUGUCUAGAUGUCAUCCUCCAUGCCUUGACAGGAUUCUCUGUCAAGCUUUCUCCAUUUGUUGAAAUUCUGCCCUUUUUUCAAGGUCCAAUUCAGAUGUUACUUCCUUAUACAGCCUCUGAUACUUGAGGGGAAAGAGAUUUCUUCUGUCUCAAAUUUCUCAUAAUGUGACCUGGACCUUUCUUUUUGUAGUUUGGGAGCACACAUUACAGAUCUGGAAGGGAUCUCAGAUGCUACCUAAUCCAAUCCCUUUACUUUACAUACAAGAAAAUUAAAGCUGAGUCAAGUAUUUGCCAUAAGUACAUAUAGGUAAUAUAAGAGGAGAGAUUUAAACCCUAUUUCUGACUCCAGAAUCAAUGGUCUUUUCACUACAAAUACUUCGUCAUUUCUUUUUCAUUUCAGUCUUUUCUGUAUUAUAGAUAUUAGGUUUUUGACCUUUAUUAGAUUUAUAAACUUUAGAUAGACUAGGGCUUGUCUCAUUUUUCUUUUAUCUUCAGAAUCUGCUAGAAUGUUUUAUACAUAAAAUGCUGAAUGUUUACAUUAAUUAUUUUCUAUUUUCAUUGUAUAGAAUGAGUAUAGAAUUUCACUAACUCCCUCAAAAAAAACUAUAAGAUACAUAGACUUUCCUGGGCUACUCUAAGCACCAUUUGUAACAUUGUUUAUAUGGAAAAAUUAAUUACAAGUUCCAACAAAAAAACUUACAUAAUUUGGGGGUACAGAUUGCAAAUUAAACUUCCUCUAUCUAAAAGUUAAUGUCACAUUGCUGAAGAUUUGCUAGACUUCCACCCUAAGUCAACAAUACACGUGUUCUUGGAAUUACUGUGUCAUAGGUAUUUGUUGAAUAUGUAAAUACUUAGCUGCUAACAGGCUACUUACUUGUAUCUAUAUAAGCAUGCUACAGUGUUGAUUUCUUUAAGAGUUUCUUUUAGUUUUGUUUCAAAAUGACUAAUUCUGAUGGUACAUGUUAGUAAUAUCCUCUUCAAGACACAGAAUCACUUGAGUUAGUGCUGGAAAAGGUAUCUGACGUCAUAGAAUUCACAACUAGAAGGGGGGUAGUCUUAAAGGUGACAGGGUCAUCAUAAUUUCAACUUUGGAAAGUACCUUCUCUUAAUUCAGUUCCCUCAUUUUACAGAUGAGUUUAAGGGGCUGGCUUAAACUUAAGACAAUUAGUAGCAGAGAUGUAAACCCAGGUGCUAGCUCUAAAUGUAGUAGCUAAUCACAAAUGCCUCCUUUCUAGCAUACACUCAUAUCACAUAUUUGCAUGCAUGACUUUCUCCAUGUGUACAUCUCAAUACAUGUAUAUAAAUGUAUAUAUGCACACAUACAUAUAUGCAUUUAUAUACUGUAUAAUAUAUACAUCUUCCAAGUGUAGUGUAACUUCUUCUGUGGGGUAAACUUGCCUUCUAUAAGGAUUGUAUAAAUUAACUCCACUACAAAAAUACAGUAAGUGACUCAAAUUUAGAGGUACAAGUCUAAUUUAGAGGUUUUAGCGAGAUGAUUAUUCAAAGUCUUCUCAUGACCUAGACUUCUCUUAACUUUUAAAAUUCUCUUUUUAGCAGUGAGAAGUUACAUUCCUGGUCCCAAUCGUUUGUCAUUACCCAGACCGACCCCAGACUCUCCAAAUUCCCUCCUCCCUUUAAUUAUCCGAUUCGGCAUGGGACGUGGCCUGGGAGUGGGCACCUUCAAAAUUAAAAGGAAGGAAUUGUACUGAUGUUUGAAAGUCAAGAAUGGCAGUGGUGAGGGCAAGAGACAGUGGAAGAAAAGAGGCCCAGUUGGAGAAUGGAGGCGUGGAGGAGAGCGGGAGAGCAACCGGGACCAGGGCAUAGAAGGGCUGCGGAGGAGAUCCCCGCUGGAGCAGAGAAGGUGAUCACAGGAGUCCGGGAUGCAGGCAGUAGGGGCGGCAAGCAGCAUUACAAAGGAUACAGGACAGGAGCUGCGGAUAGGGCGAGGAAGAGGUGACGGAAUAAUGGGCAGGUGGCGGGGUCUCCCUUGGAUUUCUCCGCCCCUCUCCUAGGCCUGAGAGAUGCAGCCUGGUCUUGGGUUCCUCCUCUCCUCUUCCCCCAGCCCUCCCUUCCCAUCCUUCUCCAUCCCCAGCGCGGCUGACGUGUCUAUCUGGCACUGCUCAUGCUCUCCCUCCGCCCCAAACCCGGGUCCCAACCUCGCCGCUCGCCCCCGCCUUCUCUUUUCUCCUCCCCGCCGCCUCGCCAUCGCCGUCCCCCGCGCCUGGGGCCUCCCUCCGCCCCCCUCACCCCCCCAGCUCCAGCUCCAGCUCCAGCUCCAGUCCCAGCCCCAGCCCCAGCCCCAGCCCCGCCAACAUGGCUGCAACGCCGCGUCUGCCCUUCUAUUUCUUCGUUCUACUGAUCUCCUCUGGGCCGCUGCUGGGUCAAACGAACCGCAGUGGAGAUCGGCGCUUCACGGAGCUGAAACGCUGCUCGGACGAGGAGUGCAGCAUGCUGAUGUACCGGGGUAGAGCUCUGCAGGAUUUCACAGGUCCAGACUGUCGCUUUGUAAAUUUCAAAAAAGGGGAAGCUGUGUAUGUCUAUUACAAGUUAGUAGGAAGAUCACCUGAACUUUGGGCUGGAAGUGUUGGCAGUGUUUUUGGGUACUUUCCAAAGGACUUAAUUGAAGUAAAUCAUCAAUAUUCUGAACAAGAACUAGAACUACCAACAGAUGAAACAGAUUUUGUUUGUUUUGAUGGAGGACUGGAUGAUUUUGACAACUAUAAUAUUGAAGAUCUUUUAGGAUUUUUGGGAGAAACUGUGAGAGGCAAAGGGGAAGAUGAAUUGAACACUUCCGGAACUGAAAACUCUGAGAAACUUACAGAAGAAACAGAAGAGGAGAAUCCUAAGGAAGUCAAUAUUGAAGAAUCUCUUGAGAUAUCCAAGGAUGACAAUAAUGAACCUGAAACAUCGGUGGAUAGCAAAAUUCUUGCAAAUUCAGAAGAAAAUAGCUUACUUUCUGAAAACACUAAGAAUCUAGAGGGAGAAUUUGAAACACAUAGGGCCCCCAUCCAUGUAAAUAGUCAUGCAGAUAAUCCUCAGGGAAAUCAACCCUCCCUUGAGCCUUUAGAAGAAAUGCUACAAGACAAAUUAAAAGUGUCAGAAAAUGAGAAUUCAAGGAACAUUAAUAUUUCUCAGCUUUCUAAGGACUGGGAGGAGAUUGAUGCUUAUAAACUUUUGAAGAAGGAAAUUAAUUUAGAUUUGAAAACCAAAUUUGGCUCAACUGCAGAUGCACUUGUAUCGGAUGAUGAAACAACUAGGCUUGUUACUUCAUUAGAAGAGGAGUUUGAUGAGGAAUUGGACACUGAUGAUUCCAAAGUUGAGGAAGAGGAUAAAGGUAGUUUUGAUGAACCACCAUUACUAACUUUUACAAAUGGAGAAGAUAGGAAAAUUGAAGAGAAAUAUUCAACAGGUGAAAAUUUGUAUACUGAAGGAGAUACUGAUGAAAUAGCUCAGCCCAGCGUUGGUGAAAAAAAUGACAAAAAUAUACUGAAAACCUUAGGAGAUACUAUUUUCUCUAUUGUUGGUGGAGGCGAAACAGAAAAAGAUGCCACAUAUUUGGAUGAUUUUGAUUUAGAUGAAGAAAAGGUAGAGGAUAAGGAAAAAGUCCUGACUGGUAAAUGGGAAGAAGAUAGCGAUAGCCCUGUAACAACUCAUGACAAAAGCUUAGAAGAUACCCUUGAAAUUGGCACAGUGAUUGAAGUUAAGGAAAAAAGAGAGAUAAUACAACCAUUCAAGGAAGAAUUCAUGGAGAAGGGAAUGGAAUUAGGAGAUGAGGACAUUUCUAUAAAAAGUUCUACUCAUGAAAUUGACCUUAUGCAUAAUAAUCUUGCUGAAAUGAGAGAAGACACCUUAAAAUCACCCCUUAAUUACAUGAAAGGUGACCUAAAAGAAACUAUUACUCAUCAGAUUACAAAAGGGGAGCUUCCUGAGGAGAAAUCUGGAGAAAAGGUUUUAGAUGACAACUUUGAGAGUGAUCUUGUACAUAAAACAUUCUGGAAGAAAAUGAAAGAGAAAAAUACUGAACAGAAAUCUCUAAGUAUUAAAUCAUUGCUAGAAGAUGAACAACAAAAUGCAUCCAAAGGAAAUGUGGACAUAAGCAAUAUUUCAGAAAAUGAACAAGAACAGGAAACGUUUCCAAUAAAGAUGCAAGGAAAGGAAUCCACCCAGCCAGCUCUGCUUAAAAUUCAAAAUCAUAUCAACAUUUCUUCUAUAGAUAAAAUUUAUUUACCAGAAAAAAAGGUGGAGGAGAAUCUGAUGUUGGAAGAAAAUUUACUGGGCCAACAGGAUAAAGAUAUGGAAACUGAAAUUAGCAAGCAGCUGGAUGAAAAGAUCAAGCAUUCUGAAAGAGAGAUUCAAGAUCAACUUUCCAAAGAUGAAAGCAAAGAAAUGGAGAACACACAAAAAAAGGACAAAGAUAUUCUUAAGGAUGGAGAAACAAAUGACUUCAAAGAAAAUAUAGGCCAACAACCCCUUAUCAUGGAGACAACACAGUUGCAGAGAGAAAAGGCAGAAGCUGAAGAUGAUGACUUCCACACAGCUGAGGACUUGUUAGAAGAUGAAAAUGCUAUAAGUGCUGCUGCCAGUGGCCAGAGCAGUAGGAUAAAUGUUGAUGUGCAAAUGAAAGAAAAAGCUACUUCAGAAGUCCCAAAUCUGCUUUAUGCCACAGAAGACACCAAAGAAAAAACAAGUAUGAUUUUGGAAGCUGAGGGAGUAGAUAAAAGCUCGCAAGGAUCAGGUGAGACUAUGCCCAAAGGGGUUAUUGCAAAGAUUGAAGAAUCUAUUAAAAUCACUCUAGGGCUGCAAGAGAAGGAUCCCCUUGAGAAAGAUGAAAAACCCAUAUCCUCUGCUGUUAGUGACUCUUUUGGCAAGGAUGAAAAUCAGGCUGAAGAUUUAGUUGAGGAGCUUGAUUAUUUUGAAAAAGAAGAUGGUCUGGAAAACAAAAAAGACUUCAGUUACACAGAAAGGUCUUGGCCCGAUGAUUUCUCCCAAGAAGACCUUGAAUACUCACAAAAUUUUAUUGAUACAGAAAGCCAAACAAAUCAGCAAUCUGAUUCUGCAGAGCUUGAAGAUAAUCUGCUCUAUAAAAAAGCUCUUAAAUUAGAAUAUAGUGAUACAGUAAAGCAACUGCCUAUCAUUAAGGGCUUUCUUGAUGAAGAACAAGUAGAAAGAUUAGAAAAGUACCUUGGGUCAGAGAAUGUCCUGCACCUGGAAUCCACAUUCCAUGACAUGGAAAGUAAGCUAGCAUUUGCUCAAAAGGAGAGCCUGCCAUAUAAUAUGGAAAAAGCACUGGACGAUGUCUUUCACUCUUCAAUGUCAAAUAUCCUUGAGAUGGUGGAGAAAAUGUUAGAUUCAAAAGUGGCAGAAAACAAGGAGCUGGGCAUGAAAGAGAUGGACACAUUUGAUGAAGAGGUUACUCUGCUGAAUGAUAUUCAGGACCUGAUCUUUUUUGUCAGAUACAAACACCCUUUGGUAGAAGAGAGUGUACCCCUAGCAGCUGCUGCGCCUCCAGAAGACAGUUCUAAGGUCCCUCUUGCAGUAUUUCCCGUAGACCCAAAAACAGAACCCAAAAGAGACCAGGGAAGAAAGUUUUCAGUGAAUGAAGGAGAUACAUUUGCACCAGAGGAAAACAAGAGGCCACCAGAGAGCAUAGAAAUAAAAGUUCAUACAGUAGAAGUACCCGAGGAAGAUAUAGACAUCUCAGAAAAGGCUGAUCUUUUGGAUUCGGGAGAGAUCAAAGAUGUUGGUGACUCACAAGAUGGACUACUAGUCAAAGAGUCCUCACAAGAUCAAAGUAUUGGGGAAGAUUUGGCUAGAGGGCAGGGAUCAGGGAAGACUAAAUAGAGCAUGUGGCACUUGAGCUGAGAAAGAUGAGGGAUCUAAAAGUUGGAGAUGAGUAGAGUUACCAGCAUGGAAGACUACCUGUGCAAAUG